AUGAUAGCUGCUGGCUGCAUCCUCGAUUGUGGUGCCAUGGCUUGCUUGAUGUUCAUCGCUCUAUACUACUGUGCCUUCUGCGGCUUCCUCAUGAGCUAUAUGACUGGCGCAGAAACGACCGGAAUGGUCCCUACAAUCCGUCCCCUCCUGGUCCAGAUGGCGCUUGACAACCUUCCAGUGGCAAGUCUGGCGGCUGCCGGCGGCCUCGGGGCAAUCGCUCUGGUGCUGUUGAUGCAAUUGUCCUGCUCUUUUUAUUCUCCGAAUGCUCUGUGUGUGAUCAUACUAAUCAUUAUCUUGUGUAUCUUGCAGUUCGUCUCAUCCCGCGGCAACGAAUACUUUUGCGAAAUCGACGAGGACUACCUGACUGACCGAUUCAACCUCACGGGUUUGAACACCGAGGUCUCGUACUACCAGUAUGCUCUUGAUCUUGUGACCGAUGUUUUCGAUCUCGACGCCGACGAUGAUUUGCGUGAGCAAAUUGAAAAGUCUGCGCGUCACCUCUAUGGCUUGGUCCAUGCCCGAUACAUCGUAACCACUCGUGGCCUUGCUAAAAUGCUCGAGAAGUACAAAAAGAGCGAGUUCGGAAAGUGUCCUCGCGUGAUGUGCGACGGACAUGCGCUGCUUCCUGUAGGCGAGUCGGAUCUUCCAAACAUCAGCACAGUCAAGCUGUAUUGUCCCAAGUGCGAAGAUAUCUACAACCCGAAGUCAACGCGCCACUCAUCCAUCGACGGUGCAUACUUUGGCACGUCAUUCCACUCUAUCCUGUUCCAGGUGUACCCGGCGCUCAAUCCAGAGAAGAGCAGUCGCCGUUACGAGCCCCGGAUCUACGGUUUCAAGGUACACGCGGCGGCCGCACUUGCCCGCUACCAAGACAAUCAGCGCGAGGAUCUCAAGUGGCGUCUCGCCGAGGUCGACAUCAAACACAGAUUCAUUGAGGACAGUGAGAGCGAGGAGGACGCGAUCGAAUACGACGAGGCUUAG